UACCGCUCGGCUGAUGGCACUCAGACACGCAGAAGACGGAGCACCGACACGCGCUGGACUAGCUACGAGCACGGGGAGGAUCCGGAGCUGCGCGGACACACCGACACCGAGAGGCGCGCGGGCCACGUUUGUGCAGAAGAGCUCGCGAGGCGCUCGCGGAAAGAGCAGUCGCCUCAGAGCGCUCGGCGUAGCUGCCCGGCUAACGGGCUAACGGGCUAACGGGCCAACCGAGCCGGCCACCGCGGCCCAAAUCCGACACGCUUCACUGCUGGAGGAAAGACGUCGUCGUUUCGUUUACGGAAUGAGUCGUGAUACCAAAAAAAGCCGUAAUUUGUAGACAUAAUCGCAGCGGGUGCGAGUGGAAAGCGCUGUCAGUCAGCUACGCUAGCUAGGCUAACCUGGCUAGCGCCGUUUUCUGUUUAUUCGGCCCGAUGUCUCGACGUCCUUUCCCUGCCGGAGACACACGGAUGUCCUCUUUACUUCACUAAACCUGCUGGAGAAACGAAUGUCCUCUUUAUUCAACUAAACCUGCCAGCGACCUUCGUCUGGACAUCAAAGCCAGCGCCCCCCGUCCAUUAAGCUGCGCGCGCCGGCUGUGCGCGAGCUUCCCCGUUAGACCGGGCUGCAGACGUCCCGUCCCGUGAACAUGUUCGCGGUGCGCGUCGUGUCCGCGGACUACUACAUGGCGAGUCCCCUCGCGGACCUGGACGCGCGGUACUCCGACUUCAGACAGAGCGACGUGACCCGUGUGCCCGUCGUUCGGAUCUUCGGGGCGACGCCAGCAGGCCAGAAGACCUGUCUGCAUCUUCACGGUGUGCUGCCGUACAUGUACGUGCCGUGCGAUUGCUUUGGCCAGCAGGGGGAGCCGUACCUGCGACAGGUGGCCUUCAGCCUGGACCGCGCCAUCAAUGCCAGCCUGGGGAAGCCCUCUGCCAACACUCAACAUGUCUUCAAGAUCAGCCUGGUGGCUGGCAUGCCGUUCUAUGGCUACCACGCCCAGGAGAAAACCUUCAUGAAGAUCUACCUCUACAACCCCCAGAUGGUUAGAAGAGCGUGUGAGCUGCUGCAGGGCGGAGCUGUGAUGGGUAAGUCCUUCCAGCCACACGAGGCUCACAUCCCCUACCUGCUACAGCUCUUCAUCGACUACAACCUGUACGGCAUGAACCUGCUGCACCUGUCUACAGUACGCUUCAGACUGCACCACACCACAGAUAUUGGUGAGCAGGGGAGGAGUCUCUCGGAGGGGAGGACCCCAUGGAGGACCUCUAAGCUGGAAGAGAGUGGUUUGGGAGGAACGUUUGCUCGCUGGGAUGAAGAUCAUCUACCCAGCUCUCUGGUUGUAGAGAACGUGGCGAGGGUCAGUGUGUGUGAGUUGGAGGUUGAUGCUGUGGCUGCAGACGUUCUGAACCGACUGGAGAUACAGAAUCAGAUCGGCAGGAAUCCUGGACUCCAGGCUCUCUGGGAGGAUGAGAAGCAGCGACGAAGACAGAGGAACCAGAGCUCCCAGAUAGACCCCCCUCAGACACAGGAUCGGCCCUGUGUGGAGUGCGUGGAGAGUGAGCGCGUCUUUAUGAAGAGGGUUAAAGAGAUACUGAAGGAAAACCAGUUUGAUGUGACACAGAGUGGUUCUGUAGAUGAUGAUGAGUAUGAUGAAGAUGACUAUGAGUUUCCUGAACUCUCACUGCACCCUGAUGUUCUGAGCCCUGACGACCUGCCCAGGGUCCCUGCCAGCCAGGUGCAGGUGCACAAAGCCACGCCUCCAGACAACAAAAGACCCCAUGGCACAGAUACAGAAGUGGCUAUCGUGGACGAGGAGGUCAUUCUGAACUUGUUGGAGAGCAGUCAGACGUUCCUGCCCAAGUCUCAGAGAUCCUCCCAACCCCUCGUACUCGACAUCAGCCAGGACCAGCAGAUGGCGGACUUGCUCCAGGGGCUGGCAGAUCACAGUUUUCAGGCAGAUUUGGCCAGAGGUGCUUCCGGCCGACAGAUGUCAGGGGGCGCCACCUGCCCCUACAACAGUGAUGAGGAGGAGGCGGUGCCUGACCUUGAGAAAGAGGAGGCGGAGCUAAGCCUGAUGAUGUCACAAAGAUGGGACAGUGACAUUCCUGAACUGUCAGCCAGGGACACCAGCGAAAGCUCUGCAGAAGAGCAGCUCAACUCCUCAGAUGAAGAGAUGGACUGGACUGCAAACCGUGACCUCUCUGCUGAACUCUCCAUUCCACAGCUGGAUGGGGCUGCAGACGAGAACAGCGAUUCAUCGUUAGCUGAUAACAGAUCCCGAGCUCACUCAUCUCUUAUGGCAAGUGAUAAGAUUUUGGGCAGGAGAAAGCAUUUCCAGAGCGAUCACAUUCAGCGCAACGCUCCAUCCUCGGCUAAAGUUCUUCUGGAGUGCAAACAUCCCGAACACAGACUGUCCCUCUCACUCGACAAGGAAGAAGCAGCUGACAAACACUUUCCUGCUAAAACUCAGGAUGGUAGUGACCACUUAACAGGGUUUAAAGUGAUCAAAGAGAUCCCCUAUAUUCCACCGGUCAAGCACCCGAUCCCGUGCAGUAUGGCAAAUGUGUCUCUGAUUGGUGCUGACAAAGUGGGCGGGCACCCACUGUACACUAAUGAGAGCAAAGCUCUUGGUUUGAGCCAGCCAGAUCCCGACAACUUGAGCUUUGGAAACUCAAAACUUGCUCAGAGCCGGAAAAAAUACCAUAGCAUCAAAAACGUGGAGAAGAAUCCCACGUCCGUCUUACAGAACCACAGGAGCCUCUCGCUGCAUUACUCUGAACUUAGGAGCUGUUCUCCCAAAGCCGAGCAGGACUUGAGUCAGAAGGUGUCCAGGAGCCCCAUGGUGAGGGGGUUUGAACAGGCACCAAGCCCAGCAGAGAACAUCAAGCUCCUGGCACCUCACCAGGGUGAAAUGGGCAAGUGCAGUGAGGAGGGUGACAUUGGCGAACUUAAGAUCAGGUAUGAGGACUACCAGGAAAAUAAAACCGAAAGGACCAUAAUAGCCCAGCAGGAGGCGCACUACCAGUUCUUCCCCAGUGUUAUCCUCUCAAACUGCCUCUCAAGGCCAGUGAAAAAACAGGUGGGCAGCAAGACCGUCGUCGAUGGCUGUUGCAGCCUGGACAGUCCAGAGCAACGACGGUCAAGGCUGAAGUUGAGCAAAAAGAGGAACAUUACAGCAGGUCAAAAGAGGACACCUGUAACAGAAAAUCCCCAAACCCCAAACAGUGAACCCCUCACACACUGUCCCUCACCAGCUCACCCAAAGAAGGAAACUGAUAAAGUUGUAGUAGAAACAUCAGACACUGCAAACUCUGAUCCAGCUGUGGACAGAGUUUCUGCUCAGGGUUCUGUUGAGGACAGAUUAACGGACCUACCUGCUUGCACCAAGGUAACAAGUUUGCCAGGCAGUAAGUACACUUUACGCACAAAACGUAAAAUUAUGAACUAUGACAGCGAAGAUGGGGACCAGUCAGGUCCUCGUUCUUUCAAACAAGCCCUGGUACGUCGAGACAGCCUCAAGGAACACUGUGUCCUUACUGGGAGUCAAAAAAAGAGGAAGCUGUCUAAAAAAGAGCCACCAAUCAUCAUCAAAUACAUCAUAAUCAACAGGUUCAAAGGUCAGAAGAACAUGCUGGUGAAGAUGGCCAAGGUCAGGGGCGAUGAACCGCAUGUGGUCCUGACACCAGAGAAGCUGGAGCAAUACAACAAACUGGCACCUCUGAAAAGUUUCUGGCCCAAAGUCCCUCAGUCAACGGCAGUCAAAUACCCUCUUCCAGAUCCAAAGGUGAAGAAACACCCCAAACGUAAGGGCAAGGUGAGUCCACCAUCAGGCAAGGUCAGUGGCACCACAAAACCCAAGUGUAUACAGGGCAGCAAGAUCAGAAGGACUAAAAAGGUUAAAAGAGUGUUGGCUUUGCCAAAGCUUCCAGCUUCAUGGCCUUGCUAUAGUGACCUCACAGAUGAUUUCUGCAGGGACUAUUCUGACGUGAUGGUGGAGUUGGGUUAUCUCUCUGAGAGGGCACCUAGUCCUGCUGAUUCAACCCCACCUCGAUGUUGGUCUCCUACUGACCCCCUUUUAGAGUCAAACUGUAAUGAUCACUUGAUAAACCCUUAUAGUGAUCCUUGCCUUGGCUCACCAUAUGAAGGACUGUCCACCAACCUUUUGGGCAGAAGCGUUCGUGGCAGAAACCGGACAGCCAGACCAAGGAAGAUAUCUGAUGUUGCUCUAAAAAGAAAAACUAAGCCCGUUAGUAAGCCAGUCGAGGAGGAUUCUUCUGGGGACAUGCGAACAAAAAACGGUCGUAGAAAUUCAAGGAGACGAAAGAAAGACACUGAGAGUAGGGAAGUACCUGAUAUUGGUGAUGGUACAGCCACAUCUCAGAAAAAAAGGAGAUGCCGAAAGAAGAAGCAGGUCAAGGAGUCUCAGAGCUCCACCAUGGCAGGAGAGUCAGUGAACACUUCUCAGUUUUUGUAUCCAGCUGAUGACCUCCCACCCACGCAAACCUCAUCUGAAAAUUUGACUCCCUACCAGCGUCCAGAUUCCUGCCAAAAGAAUCUUCAGUCCACACUGUCCACAGCUAAGUCUGAGGAGUGUGAGUCUAACUGUGGGGAUACACAAGAGUCUCGGUGUUCUCAGAAUGCUGCUAGCCAGUUUGUAAAAUCUCUAAACAGUGUUGUCUCCCCAGCUACAAACACAAUGUCAUAUCCAUGUUCAGUCAUAACAUACAGUAGGUCCAGUGCGAGUCAAGAUGGAAAUGUUUCCCCGAAUCCAUACGACUUUAAAUCUGAACCCACUGGUGCAGAGCAGAGCCCUAAAGCUAUACAGCUUUCACAUGCAACACCAAAGAUAUCUGCAAAUCCCAGACGUCGAGCAUGCAAAAAGAAAGAAAAUGUAGAAAAGGCAAGCACUGAGUUUACAUCAUCUGUAAAUGUCAUAACAGAUGCACUAUACAAAGAUCUAGCUGAACACCAUUCUGUGCCAAAGAACGAAGAGAAGUUGUCUCAUCCUUCUGGUAUUGCUGUGUUGAAGGAACUUCUCCAGAAAAGACAGUUAAAAGUGUCCCAGUGCUCUCUGGGAGACACUGUUGUAUCAGAGAGUACCUGUGCCUCUAAGACUGCUUCUAAUGGUACCAAACCUAAAAGGGCAUCUACCACAAGAAAGCCCAGGAUCCGAAGAUCUCAGGUGCCAAAAGAGACAAAGCCAAGAAGUAGAAAAGGAAAGAUCGGCAAAACAGAUGAGACGGUUAAGAUGGAGCCUCCUCUCUCAGAUGGGAGUCCUGUGUUUCUGUCUGAUCCUGGUUUUGACAGUUGCUACUCCAUUGAAGAUAGUUUAUCUCCUGAAGUUCCGCAUAAUUACACCUUUGAUAUCAACGCCAUUGGCCAAGCAGACUUCUGCAGUCUGUAUUCCACGAACAGAUUUGUUUUAACUGACAAGAACUUGCCUCAGAAGUUCCUCAGCGAUGUCAAGCACGAGACCAUAUCCACUGUGGAUCUGCAAAACCAGCAAGAAAAGUUACCUGGCCUCGGGGAGACCUCCACACGUGAAUCAGAGUGGAAGAAACCCAGGCCCCUGGGCACUGAGCUCUUUGACAAGUCUUCUGGUGGAAAUAGGGAAGGUUUUCCCAGCGAGUUUCCGCUCUCUUUGCUGGGCUCUGAGAAGAUUUUGAGAAGCAAAGAGUUGAAUAAAAUUCACAGCAGCCACUUUCAAGACUUUCACUGUGAAAAAAGCGACCUGUUACUGAGUCCUGACCCUUUUUUGCCUCUCACCUCGGUCUCUUUUGCUGACAAUGGCGUGUCCCCAACAAGGGAUCUGCUGGACUGCACUGAUGUAUUUACGUCAACAACUCCCAGCAGUUCCCCGCGGUCUGUCAGCUCUCUGUCCCAGCUGAGGAAUGGUAGUCAGGUUCAGAAGAGCGCAGGAGCUCGUAUACUGAAGCCUCUCAUGUCCCCUCCUAACCGGGAGGAGAUCCUCCCCACCCUGCUGGAACUGGAGCUAUCGGAGGCCAAAUACCAGGAACCUUUCUGCAGCGACCCCUCCGAUGCACCUCUAAAACCCAGAGAAAUAGCUGGCCGUAAACUGACGCUGGAGACAAGGCUUGCAAAAGAUCUGCCCGAGUUCAGUGGGGAUUUAGCUCAAGAUGGACUGCAGUUCUGGAAAACUGCGUUUUCAGCCAUGACGUGCCCAGCGUCUUCACCCUGCCACGGUGCAGAGCCCGCAAAAUUUGCCAACGACCACACAGAGCAGAGUCCGUCCCCUGGCAGCAAUCGGGCAAUAAUCCUGCUGCCCUGUAAAAGUGCACCAAGCCGGGAGCGAGUGCAGCUUUGGCUACACGCAAAGAGACAGUACGAGUGUCUUCAGAAAGAAAGGCAAAGAACUGGAACGCAGACUUCAGUGAAGAUGGAGGCAAGCACACCUCAGCACCCAGAGGGCGCGUGGCCACGGCAGGAGCGUCUGGAAAAGCAGGACGCAGCGUCUGAAAGAGUGUCGGCGCUGCAAACUGUCCGGAGGAAAGAGCUGAACUUAUCUGUUCCCAUAUCGCCAACAGUGCGGAUGACAUGUGAGAGUAGUCCACAGGACGUGAAGUGCGUCUCAGACGCUGAAACCAGAGGACAAGAAAAAAGAGGCGGGGACUUCCUCAAAUGGGCCACUCCUCCAGACUCACCGGGUCUGCCCCCAUGGCAGGAGAGUCCCGGUCACGCCCACCAGGGCGGAUCACCCUCUCCCAGGCCAGUAGGACCCACCAGCCAUUCCUGUGAGUCACCAAAGCUCCUCAGCCCCUCCCCGUUUCCCAGGAAGCCACUGGAUGGAGAGAGCGCUGGCACCUGGGUGCUCCACAGCACCCCUGUCUGUAGCAGGGGCAGCAGAGGUGACCGUGAUCUCCACUACAGCCCUCCUGCAACAGAAGAUGUGGAGUCCAGCUCUCUGAAAGUCCAGCAGCGGAGGAGCAGUAACAUGCAUGCGUUACGGAGAGUCUUGCUGACCACACAGAUGAAGAAUCAGUUUGCUGGUCUCGACCAACCCAAGAGGGACAACUCUCAGAUUGAGGGCACGUCCAUCUCCAACUCCUACGGCUUUAAAGUCAGCAUGCAGGACCUACAGGAGGCAAAAGCACUGCACGAGGUGCAGCAUCUCACAGUGAUGAGUAUGGAAGUGCAUGCUCGCUCGCGCUGUGACCUGGAGCCUGACCCUGAGUUCGACCCCGUAUGUGCCUUGUUCUACUGCCUCACCUCGGACGGGCAGCUCCCCGGGUCCAGUAGCACCCAGCUGACGGGCGCCGUGGUCAUCGACAAGGACGGCCACUCUUCAGCGCACGGCUCAGCCAGCACAGUGCCCCUGCUGGUCAGGUCUGGUGUGGCAGGUCUGCAGGUUAGUUAUGCUACGGAGGAGAAGGAGCUGUUUGAGGAAGUCUGCACCCUCAUGAGAAGGUAUGACCCGGACAUCCUCGUGGGCUACGAGGUCCAGAUGCGCUCCUGGGGUUACUUGCUGCAGCGGGCCGCGGCGCUGGGUGUGGACCUGUGUCAGCAGCUGUCCCGGGUACCAGGAGACGCGAAGGAGAAUCGGUGUAGUGCAGAUAAAGACGAGUAUGGCGCCGACACCAUGAGUGAGAUCCACAUUGUGGGCCGGAUCACCAUCAACCUGUGGAGGGUCAUGAAAACAGAGGCUGCUCUGAAUAACUACAGCUUUGAGAAUGUGGCGUUUCACCUGCUUCACCAGCGGUUUCCGGUCUACACGGCGCGAACGCUGUCGGACUGGUUCGACCACGCCACGCACCUGUACAGGUGGAGGAUGGUGGACUACUACGUGAGUCGUGUGUGCGGCAUCACUCAGCUGCUCCAGCAGCAGGAUGUCGUGGGCCGAACCAGCGAACUGGCACGCGUGUUUGGGAUCCAGUUCUACCACGUCCUCACCAGAGGCUCACAGUACCGUGUGGAGUCCAUGAUGCUACGCAUUGCUAAGCCACUGAACUACGUGGCGGUGACGCCCAGCACACAGCAGCGCGCACAGCAGAGGGCACCCCAGUGUGUCCCCCUGAUCAUGGAGCCGGAGUCCCGCUUCUACAGCAACUCUGUGGUGGUGCUGGACUUCCAGUCACUCUACCCCUCCGUCAUCAUCGCCUACAACUACUGCUUCUCCACCUGCCUGGGACGGGUGGAGAGUCUCGGAACGUCUGAUGAGUUUCGUUUUGGUUGUACAUCUCUCCGUGUUUCUCCGGACCUCCUCUUCCAGCUCCGUAAUGACAUCACAGUCUCUCCUAACGGUGUAGCCUUCGUUAAGCCGUGUGUGCGUCAGGGCGUGCUGCCCCGUAUGCUGGAGGAGAUACUACAGACGCGUGUGAUGGUGAAGGCGUCUCUGAAGGCAGCCCAGGGUGAUGGACCCCUGCGCCGUCUGCUCCACGCCCGACAGCUCGCCCUCAAACUCAUCGCCAAUGUCACCUUCGGAUACACCUCCGCCAACUUCUCCGGACGCAUGCCCAGUGUGGAGCUAGGGGACAGUAUAAUACACAAGGCGAGGGAAACGUUGGAGAGAGCCAUCAGACUGGUUAAUGACACCCGGAAAUGGGGCGCACGCGUAGUGUACGGAGACACAGACAGUAUGUUCGUCUUGUUAAAGGGCACUACUAAAGAACAAGCCUUCAGGAUCGGUCGUGAGAUUGCUGAGGCUGUAACUGCCACCAACCCCAAACCAGUCACACUGAAGUUUGAGAAGGUGUACCUGCCGUGUGUGUUACAGACUAAGAAGCGUUAUGUGGGUUACAUGUAUGAGUCUGAGGAUCAAAAGGAGCCUGUGUUCGAUGCUAAAGGCAUCGAGACCGUGCGCCGGGACGGCUGCCCCGCUGUUGCCAAGAUCCUGGAGCGCUCCUUGAAGCUGCUCUUUGACACACGUGACAUCAGUGUGGUGAGGCGUUACGUGCAGAGACAGUGUGUGAAGGUCCUGGAGGCCAAAGCCAGUGUGCAGGACCUGACCUUUGCUAAGGAGUACCGCGGCAGCGCCUCCUACAGGCCUGGAGCCUGCAUCCCCGCCCUGGAGCUCACCAGGAAGACGAUGGCAUACGACAGGCGGCUAGAGCCGCGCGUGGGCGAGCGCGUGCCCUACGUCAUCGUUUACGGGACCCCGGGGGUCCCGCUGAUCCAGCUGGUCCGGCGCCCCCUGGAGGUCCUGCAAGACCCGAGUCUACGCAUCAACUCCACCUACUACAUCACCAAGCAGAUUCUGCCCCCGCUGUGUCGCGUCCUCAACCUCAUUGGGGUGGACGUGUCCUGCUGGUACCGGGACCUGCCCAGGGUCCAGAAGUCCUCCUGUCCAGCGGGAGGCGCUCUGGCGGAGGAGGUGGGGAGGAAGGCCACCAUCUCCCAGUACUUCACCACCCUGCACUGUCCAGUGUGUGACGAGCUCACGCAGAUCGGCGUGUGCGAGGGCUGUCGAGCCGAACCGCAGUGCGUCGCCGUCACACUCCAACAGAACCUGCGACUGUGGGAGAACCAGCAGGAUCAGCUACUGAAGGUCUGCAGGCACUGCAGUGGCAGUGCAGAUCGUCAGGGGUCCUGUGUCUCGCUUGACUGCCCCGUCCUCUAUAAAGUGGCCCGGGUCAACCGGCAGCUCACCAGCGCCCCCUACCUGCGACAAUUACUGGAGCAGUUCUGAGACCCUCCUCUCUCUCUCUCUCUCUCUCUCUCUCUCUCUCUCUCUCUCUCUCUCUCUCUGAUGUGGUGCUAAGGACUCGAUAUUCAUGUGUCUGGUUUGAAAUGGUGCUUUUUUUUUUCCCCCCAGUUCAUCCUUUUCUUCAGCGCAAGUGGCCACUUUGGUUUUUGUACUGGUUGGACUGUGUUCUGAGCACGCUCAGUGAGGCAGGCGCAGGUUUCCUGUGUCGCGUGAUCUUUCGUUGGCUGCUGUGGGUAUAAAUGUGGUUUCUGUGUUGGGGUUGGAUCUUGUCUAGGUGUCUGUACUGUGUGGACUGUCCUUCCAGCGCUGUAGCAGUUUCUAAACGUUUAUAACCGAGGAACCGUUCUUACCGUGCGCCCAAGCCAAAUUGCCACUGCAACUUGCGGCUCGUUUUUUUACGACAGACCUUGUAAAAACGUUCAGAGACUGUGUGAAACUGUCUGUGUUGAUGUGGGAGAAUUUUUAAAUGGUCAUUUCUUCAGACUACAGAGGAGGUUUUGUUCCCCCCAAACUCCCCUCAGUUGUCUGUCUUUGGGGGGGGGGGGGGUGUCUACCAGUGUGCGGUGUCUCCGCUAAGGUCUGCAAAGCAAAACCGUCUUGAUAACUUGCGGAGUGAUGAAAGUUUCAUGUUGGCUUCGUGUAAAGACAGCGGUGUCAUUUCCCGAGUGCACACCAGUGUCGUAAACUUGUACAAAUCAAAGUGUUUCUCCAUUUUUAUAGACAUCUGUGGGUG